AUGGUUGAUGGGGUUUAUAUUCGCUUCAUUGACACGCCUGGGCUCUCAACUUCUUUGAAUGAUCAACCAGCAAACUUGAAGACUCUCUCAUCCGUAAAGAAGUAUAUUAGGAGAUUUCCUCCUGAUGCCAUCCUUUAUGUCGAUCGGUUGGAUGAAUAUAACCGAGAUUUCAAUGAGUCGAGUAUAUUACGGAUGAUUACUCGCACCUUUGGCUCAUCUAUUUGGUUCAACGCCAUUAUCGCUCUCACGCAUGCUGCUUCGGCUGUUCCCGAAGGCCCGGAUGGUUCUUCCAUGAGCUACGAUGAAUUCAUUGCUCAAAGAUCGAAAAUUGUUCAGUGUUCGAUCCGGCGAGCGGCCGAGGACAUGAGUUUGAUGAAUCCGGUGACUCUGGUGGAGAAUUAUCACUGUCGUAGUAGGAACGAAGAUGGAGAGAGCUUACUUCCCAAUGGUUGCAUGUGGAAGCCAUGGUUGCUUCUCUUAUGCUACUCAUCAAAGAUACUCUCAGAGCUUAAUACCCUUUUCCCAUUUCCUUGGGCUUAUCCCCUUCCUUUCCUUUUCUCCUCAUUUCUACAAUCUAAGAUUCAGGGAUGUGAAAGUAAUUUUUUUGAUUUUGUUAUGGACUUUGAUAACAUGAUAGAAGAAGCACUCAAACUAUUGACGAAAUCUCAAGUUCAGAACAUUGCUCAAAAGAAGAAAUGGAAGGAUGAGCUUGGGAGAUUGAAAAAGAUGAAAGGAGGUAAAAUAGGCUCUGAAAAUCCAGCAAAUAUUUACUGGUUUCUCGAUCCAAGAUCUCACCUUUUAAUCAAUUCAGUUCUGCAAACUCAAACUUGGGACCAUGAUUCCUCCAUUAAAUCCAACCAUGGAGAACUUUGCUCCACUCCUACCUCUCUCAACAUACCAGUUGGCAGGAAGAAGAAGAAGAAGAAGAAGACAGCUACUGGAACUCUGGUUACUUCCAUGGAGGAAAACUUGUUGGAUGGAUUCAAAUUAGAAGAUCAAAUAUCCAUUGGGAAGAAACUUUGUUUAUUCACUCGAGCCGGCGUGGUUCGAGCACGCAUGAACUUUGCUCGUGGAACGAAUUUGGAGGUCUGGUUCAGGGAGAAGGAUCGAAAUUCGAAGAUGGCAGGAUACAAUGGGCAAAUCUCUCUCAAGAUAAGCACCACUGAGCAGGUUCAUCUUGCUCUUUUGGGUUUGUUUUCUCUUGUUUUUUCUGUUUGGAGCAAGUGGAAUGGUUAA